GUAUAACAUAUGCACUAAACAUUGCAAAUAUUUGAUUGAAUGGAAUACAUGUCAAUGAUUAUUAUUUUCUUUUUUAAUAACAUACACGCCAAUAAAGUCCAUGAUUGGAUCAGACUAGAGACCCACAAAUUCGCAAUGGGCUUUCCACCACUGAUAUUGCGAAGCAUAUUUUUAUUGAGCCUAUUAUUAUCUCUCGUCCAAUCACGUUCGUACACGUCAUCUCCAAACAUCAAACUUCCCGGCGAUGCGCUGGCCCUCUCCGUCACCGAUUUCGGCGCAAUCGGCGACGGAAUCCACUACGACUCCUCCGCGAUACAGUCCGCCAUUAACGCCUGCAAUCUUCACUACACCACGUCCUCCUCCAUCUGCCGCGUCACGUUUCCUCCGGGCACUUAUUUGACCGCCAAGCUCCAUCUCCGAUCCGGCGUCCUCCUCGAUGUGACGGAGAACGCGGUGCUUCUCGGGGGUCCUAGGAUCGAAGAUUACCCUGCUGAGAUUUCGUCGGAGUGGUACGUGGUGGUGGCGAACAACGCCACGGAUGUUGGAAUCACCGGCGGGGGAGCAAUCGACGGCCAGGGAUCGGAAUUCGUGGUGAGGUUCGACGAGAAGAAGAACGUGAUGGUGAGCUGGAAUCAGACUGGGGCUUGCUUGGGUGAUGAGUGUAGGCCUAGGCUUGUUGGAUUCGUCGAUUCCACGAAUGUUCAAAUCUGGAACAUCACGCUUCGAGAGCCUGCGUAUUGGUGUUUGCACAUAGUGAGGUGCGACAACACAUCAGUCCGCGACGUGUCGAUUCUAGGGGACUUCAACACUCCAAAUAACGACGGAAUCGACAUCGAAGACUCGAACAACACUGUCAUAACUCGGUGUCACAUCGACACAGGAGACGAUGCGAUUUGCCCCAAGACUUACACUGGUCCGCUCUACAACCUGACCGCUACGGACUGUUGGAUCCGCACCAAAUCAUCAGCCAUUAAACUCGGCAGCGCGAGCUGGUUCGACUUCAAAGGUCUUGUCUUUGAUAACAUCACCAUCAGCGAAUCACACAGAGGCCUCGCGAUGCAAAUACGCGAUGGAGGAAAUGUGAGUGACAUUACGUUUUCGAAUAUAAACAUUAGUACAAGAUACUACGAUCCAUCGUGGUGGGGAAGAGCAGAGCCAAUCUAUAUAACAACUUGCCCGCGUGACUCAUCCUCAAAGGAAGGCUCAGUCUCGAAUCUCCUAUUCGUAAACGUGACGAUCGAUUCCGAAAACGGAGUGUUUUUGUCGGGUUCUCCAAACGGGUUGCUCUCAGACAUAAAGUUCAGGAACAUGAACCUGACUCUCAGAAGAUGGAGUAAUUACAGCGCAGGGCUUGUGGACUAUAGACCUGGAUGUCAAGGUCUUGUGAACCAUAGCGCCACGGCUGGGAUCAUUAUGGAGCACGUGAAAGGGUUUAGCGUCGAGAAUGUUGACCUGAGAUGGUCAGAUGGUGAUCUGAACUCUGCUUGGAAUGUUCCUCUCGAGUUUAGACCUUCCACUGUUACUAAUCUGUCGUUUGUUGGUUUCAGUUCUGGUCUUUUACACGAAUCUGUUUGAAUUUUGAAUGUAUGUAAUUGUUGGUGAACACAAGGUUUCUUCAACUUUGAGAAUUUGGUUUUGUUCAUUCAAAACGACAUCGUUUUUGCGAAUUCCCUAAAACUCCGACGUCGUUUCAGGAGUAUUGUGUAGCUUUUGCUCACUCGCGUUUGUAACUAAAAAUCUUAUUUUCUCGUCUGGUCGCUCUCACAUCGAAAAAUCGGAAUCACUCGGCGAUGGCGUCGACGCAGCAGCCACUGAUCGUCGCAGCGAAGACGCUCCGAAACCGGAUCCUUUUCCGAACCGGAUCCACAUCUGCCGGUUCAAGCCGGUGGGCGACGGCAGGCCACGAGAUGCGUCCCAAAGGAUAUUUCAUGAACCGGACUCCGCCGGCCCCGGGACAGUCGCGAAAGUGGGAAGAUUGGGAGCUUCCCUGUUACCUCACCAGCUUCCUCACGAUUGUUAUCCUCGGUGUCGGUCUCAAUGCGAAACCCGAUCUCUCGAUCGAGACCUGGGCUCACCAGAAAGCUCUCGAGCGACUCGAAAUGGAGAAACUCGCCUCUGUCGGAGAUUCCUCCUGUUGAUCUUUGGAUAGAGGAAAUGAUUGGAUCCUUGAUCUGGUAUGUGUGCUUUGUUUCUUCUCCGGGGGGUUUGAGGAAUUUUUCCCGUUUAUGAACAACACAGGGUUUCGUUUGAUUCCCUCUCCUCUUCCUUUUUUAAUCGUUAGUGUCGAUACAUAUGUUGAUGAAAUAAACGAUCUUUUUAACUCUUGACGAUGGUUAUAUGUGUAACUCACCUUAUGUUUUCAAAGCAUUUGCCUCUGUAUUCCUUUGCUUAUAUAACUUCUCAAAUUUGAUUGCUUUUUAAUUUGCCGGUUUAUCUAGAUGAUGUCUCAGCUUCAGUGAGUCUCUAGCUUUCUGUCGUUAUGACAUUUUUGAGGGCUCUAUUACUUGGACUAACUAGUAAACCGUUUUUGCUCACGUUGUAUGAUUCAUUUGAUUAUGGUCUGGUCUGUUUCUGCAACUCUGUUCAUUGUGUGAACUUUAGUUCCUUAUCUUAUGACACUGUGCAAUAGAUUUAUCUAGAUACCUGUAUCAUCAGUAAUUGUCAGAGGGUAUAAGUAUAGUCUGUAUAGUUCUGGUUAUGGAAAGUUUCUAUCAUCUGUUCUCUAGUUAUGUAAACGUCAAGACGGUUGUUCAUCACCAUAGCUUAAGAUUCUAGCAUGUAAGAAAUCAGGUGACAAUUGUAGGAUAACA